AUGGCUGAUGCUCAGGGACCAUUAACCUUCAGAGAUGUGGCUGUAGAUUUUUCUCAGGAGGAGUGGGAAUGCCUGGAUCCAUCUCAGCGAAAAUUGUAUGUAGAUGUGAUGUUGGAUAACUAUGAAAACCUGGUAUCCGUGCGUCUUGCUGUCUCUGAGACAGAUCUGGACACCGUUUUUGAAAAAAUGAUGAAAAAUUGGGAUGUGAAGGGAAAAAUGACGGUAUUCACCCACCCAGCUAUGCCAUCUGAAGACAACCGGGCCUUAUUGCAAAAGCCAGGAAUAGAAGAUUUGUACUCUAAAAUAAUACUGAGUGCAUAUAAUGGAAACAGAAGUUAUCAAUGCAAUGAACAUUGGAAAAACUUAAACCAAGAUUCAAAUCCUUAUAAACAUCAGAGAACUCAGAUUCCAGUGAACCAUUAUGAAGGUGGAAAAGUAUUUGACCAAAUGUCAAAUCACAGUAAAAAUCAAGUUAUUCAAAUUGUGGAGGAGACAAACAAACAAAGUAAAUGUGUCAGAUCAUUUAAGCGAUCUUCAAAUCAUAUUGAACAAGAGAAUAUGUACACUGCAGAGAAAGGUUACAAGCAUAAUCUACUUGGGAGAGUCUUCAGUCAUAUGUUCAAUCGAAAUAAACAUAAGGAAAUAUGUACUGGAGGAAAACCUUACAAAUGUAAAGAAUGUGAUAAGUCAUUUAAUUGGCCUUCAAAUCUCAGGGUGCAUCAGGUAAUUCAUACUGGGGAGAACUUUUACAAAUGUAGAGAAUGUGGCAAAGCCUUUAGCCAGUCCUCAAAUCUUACUAAACAUCAUAGAAUUCAUACUGGAGAGAAGCCUUAUAAAUGUACAGAAUGUAGGAAAGCCUUUAGCCAUCCCUCAAAUUUGACUAGACAUUAUAGAAUUCAUACUGGAGAGAAGCCUUAUAAAUGUGCAGAAUGUGGCAAAGCCUUUUGCCAUUCCUCAGACCUUACUAAACAUCAUAGAAUUCAUACUGGAGAGAAACCUUAUAAAUGUGCAGAAUGUGGCAAAGCCUUUUGCCAAUCUUCAGACCUUACUAAACAUCAUAGAAUUCAUACUGGAGAGAAGCCUUAUAAAUGUACAAAAUGUGGCAAAGCCUUUAGUGAUUCCUCAGUCCUUACUAGGCAUCAGAGAAUUCAUACUGAAGGGGAGCUUUAUAAAUGUACAGAAUGUGGGAAAGCCUUUAGCAUUUCCUCAAACCUUACUGAACAUCAGAGAAUUCAUACUGGAGAGUAGCCUUAUAAAUGUACAGAAUGUGGGAAAGCCUUUAGCCAUCCCUCAAACUUGACUAAACAUUAUAGAAUUCAUACUGGAGAAAAGCCUUAUAAAUGUACAGAAUGUGUCAAAGCCUUUUGCCAUUCCUCAGGCCUUACUAAACAUCAUAGAAUUCAUACUGGAGAGAAGCCUUAUAAAUGUAGAGGAUGUGGUAAAACCUUUAGCCAGUCCUCAGCCCUUACUAAACAUCAGAGGAUUUAUACUAGAGAGGAGCAUUAUGAAUGUACAAAAUGUCACAAAGCCUUUAACCAGUGUUAAAACUUUAUUGGAAUUCAGAAGAUUCAUACUGGAGAUAAGUCUUAG